CAUGGAAAACAGCGGAUUUAGAGCGAUGUUACUAGCGAUCUCUGAUAAACUUUCUGAAGAUAAUUUCACAAGUUUAAAGUUUCUGUGCACCGACAUCGGGAAGAAAAAGCUCGAGAAAAUCAAUAAGGGGAUUGAUCUUUUCGAGUGCUUGAUCGAAAAAACUACACUUGGGCCUGAUAACACGGAGCUCCUGCGAGAUCUCCUAAUCCAGAUCGGUCAGAGAGUUCUUCUGGAGAUCAUCGAUGAUUAUGAGAGAGGAAGCCCUGCUGCUGCUGGGGUCCUGGACGCCGAAGAGAGAGAAAAGAUAAACAUUGCAACUGAAGUAAUCGUUGAACAUCUGGGUAGAAAGUGGCUUCAGUUUGGAAGAAAACUUGGCAUUAAACCGACUCAGCUGGAGGGCAUCCAGGAGAAGCACAGCCGUGACCUGGAGGAGCAGGUGAGGGAGCUCAUCACACAGUGGAUGAAGAUGAAGAAAGAAAACGCCAGAGUGGAGGAUCUCAUCAAAGCUCUCCGGGACUGCAAACAGAACCUCACCGCCGACCUUGUGGAGAAAAACCUCAAAGACCUCAAUGCACGCUGAAAAUAAUCACGUUCUGUUAUAAAACAACAGAACUUUGGGGUGAAUAAUGUCAACUUCUUUUCGAAGUGUAAACGAACGGAAUUCAAUCCUGUUUACAGAUGUACACUGCUUUGGCAAAUAAAUAUUGCUUUAGAUAAUAUAUUUUACACGACAUUGCAAGGCAAGAAAUAAGUGAAUAAGUGUCUCUUGCAAAGUGUAAGGAUUUUUCCGUUUUUACAGAACACACUCCUAACACAACACUGUUCUUGUAUUCACUGAUUUAGUCAAGGGAUGUACGACACUUAGAAAAGGAAUAAAGGGACUUUGAUGUAUAAUCGAACAAUGUGCAAAAGGGGGGCAAUAAUUCAAUUGGCGUUUAGGUUUAUGAUGCUUUUGGGAAACACAACCCAGGUCAGGUAGAACAGUUGAGCUCAAAUUUAGUUAUGAACUGAUAACAGAGCUCAUGUAACAGUUCUUAAUGCUUGGAUUUGAUGUUGCUGCUUUUCGAUGAAUCCAUUUGCUCUUUCUGUUUGAAAGUAACCAUCAUCUGUCAGCGUGUGCAUCUAUGCAUGUGUAUAGCAAUGCAGAUCUCCAAUGAAAUUCCUGAAUUGCAAUACUUUUAAAAAUAAAGCUGCUCCUAUCUCUAAAAAGCCACGAGAUAUGCAGUGCAA